GUCACGGGCGGCCAGGCAGUAACCGGUGUUUCGCCUGAGGUAUCCUCACGUCCCUCGCUCAGACCCGGGCGUCGGAAGCUGGUUUCAGGGCAUGAGCUGAGGGCACAGCUCUGAGGCUGGCAGUAUUUCGUAGAGAUUGAUGAAAGCAGAAACCAAAACCCUCCCCCUGGAGAACGCAUCCAUCCUUUCAGAGGGCUCUCUACAGGAAGGACACCGAUUAUGGAUUGGCAACCUGGACCCCAAAAUCAUGGAAUACCACCUCCUCAAGCUCCUCCAGAAGUUUGGCAAAGUGAAGCAAUUUGACUUCCUUUUCCACAAGUCGGGUGCUUUGGAGGGCCAGCCCCGAGGGUACUGUUUUGUUAACUUUGAAACUAAGCAGGAAGCACAACAAGCCAUCCAGUGUCUCAAUGGCAAGCUGGCACUGUCUAAGAAGCUGGUGGUACGAUGGGCUCACGCUCAAGUCAAGAGAUAUGAUCAUAACAAGAAUGAUAAAAUCCUUCCCAUCAGCCUUGAGCCAUCCUCAAGCACUGAACCUACUCCAUCUAACCUCAGUGUCACUACAAAGAUCAAAGCCAUUGAAGCGAAGCUGAAAAUGAUGGCAGAGAACCCUGACGCAGAGUACCCGGCCGCACCCCUUUAUUCCUACUUCAAACCACCAGAUAAGAAAAGGACUACUCCUUACUCUAGAACAGCCUGGAAGUCUCGAAGAUGA